CUUCAACCGCAGUACAGCUAUAAAUUACCGGGAAGCGCCUCUCAAGGCCUCGGAUUACGAAGGCCGUCGAAAGAAGACACACCUGGUGGUCAGCUUUGCAAAUAAAGAGGCCUUCAAGGAGUUCCUUGUCAAGGUGCCACCGAAGAAGGCCAAGUUCGUGGAGCUAAAGAUGCAGACGGUGUGCAACCAAUGGCCAAUCCCACAUUUGCUGAGCUUCACUCAGUCCGCACUGGUAAGAUGGGCUGGGGUGUCGACAGGUACGGGUGUCUUUCGCUGCAUCUGACGACCAUCAAGGACUGCAGGCUCAAGCAUGAGUCGAUCUACGUCGAGCGUAAGACUUUGGAGGUGUCCAAGGUCAGAGAGGAUGAUGACUGCCAAGGUCCAGACACUGCAAAGUCAUAGGAGAGCAAGGAUGCAUGCGAGCGGAAGGAGAGUAACGAUCUGGAUUCUAUGGUUGACCAAUGUCUCGGCCAACAUCCUGACGAGAAUGAUGAAUGAAUGUUUCAUUAGCACUUCAAUCGACUCCAUUCGUAUCGAGGUUCUAUCAUGCAUGGAAUGAGAGGAUCAUACUGAGAAGACCAGGAAAAAUCCAAGUUCA